GCGGAAGUUGCCGAAUCGCCUCUCCGGAAGUUGCCGAAGGCGCGGCGCAAGCGGCGCCACACAAGAUGGCGGACGGGGAGGAGGUGACUCUGGACGGGCGACCGCUCCAUUUGCUGCGCGUCGCCGACCUCAAAGCGGCUCUGGAGCAGCGCGGCCUCGCCAAGAGCGGCCAGAAGAGCGCCCUGAUCAAACGGCUGCGAGGGGCGCUGAUGUUGGAGAACCUCCAGAAGCACUCGAGCCCCCACCCCACCUUCCAGCCCAACUCCCAGAUGGGCGAGGCCAUGGGGCAGAACAGUUUCAUCAAGCAGUACCUGGAGAAGCAGCAGGAGCUGCUGCAGCAGCGCCGCGACGCCCCCGAGCCCCACGCCUCGGAGCCGGGGGAGGAGGAGGAGGAGGAGGAGGAGGAAGGAGCGGGGAGGAAGGAGCGGCGCCGGAUGAGCCGCGUGGCCCCGCCCCCCUCCGGCCCCGCCCCCUCUGGCCCCGCCCCCCGGCGCCGCCGCCCCGCCCCCGGCGCCGAGGAUGAGGAUGAGGAGGACGAAGACGAUGACGAAGACGAAGAAGAGGAAGAAGAAGAUGAAGAAACCCCAAAAAUCACCGAAAUCGCCCCAAAAUCCCCCCCGGAGGGGGCGGAGCCAAACCCGGAAGUGGAGCGGAAAGAGGCGGAGCCAAAGCAGGAAGAGGAGAAGGAGGAGGCGGAGCCAAUGGAGGCCACGCCCCUUGUGGAGGAAGCCACGCCCACCAGCGGGGGAAGCCCCUCCCCUCCCCCGCUAAAGGGGGCGGGGCCUGAGGAGGAAAAGGGGGCGGAGCUUCAGAUAAAAGGGGCGGAGCUUCCAGAGGAGGGGGCGGAGCUUCAAAUGGAGGGGGCGGAGCCUCCACCCCCUAAUUUAAAUGCCGAAGCCCCGCCCCCGCCCCGCCCCUCCCCCUCCUCCUCCUCCUCUUCGGCCUCCUCGGCCCCCCCCUCCCCCCCCGGGGGCGGGGCUCAGGAGGGGGCGGGGCCACGGCGGGACACGCCCCCGGAGGAGAGCUCGGAGCCGGCGCCGCCCAUGGAGCCGAGAGCCGCCCCCGGCCCCGCCCCCCCCGAGGCCACGCCCCGCGGCGUCAAGAGGAAGAUCGCGCUGCUCUCAGCCAGGGCCGGUUUGGAGGCGGACGGGGGCGGGGCCGGCGCGGGGGGGCCCCGGAGGCGCCGCUGGGGGGCGACGGCGCCCAAGAGACCCUCCAUCAGCAUCAGCACCGACAGCCUCAAGAGCCUGAUCCCCGAAAUCCGCGCGGGGGGCGGGGCCGAGCCCCCGGAGGGGGGCGGGGACAGCGCCGGGGGGGAGGGGCCGGAAGCGGAGGGGGAUGGGCCGGACAAAGGGGGCGUGGCCUGUUCUGGCCCCGCCCCCGGCGCGGACCCGCCCCCGCUGCUGCUCCCCUCCCCCCACCUGAAGAUCUGCCGCACCGUCACCCAGGUGGUUCCGGCGCCGGGGGAGAACGGGCGGGGGGAGGGGCAGGAGGAGGAGGAGGAGGGGGCGGAGUCGGACGAAGGGGGCGGGGCCUGCAAGCCCAAGCCCCUCCCCCACCCCUCCACAAGCCCCGCCCCUUCCGGAGGGGGAGGGGCCACGCCGGGCCCCGCCCCUCCCCCCGCCGCGGCCACGCCCACAUCCGGAGAGGGGGAGGGGAAAGGAGGCGAGGCCCCGCCCCCCAGGCGCUCCGGGGGCGCCCCCUGGCGGGGGGGAGGGGCGCUGCUGCUGCCGGUGGAUGAGCCCGUGAGGGCGGCGCCGCGCCCCUCCCCCCCCCGCCAGCGCCCCUCCCCCAUCGUGCACCUCUGCAACCUGGUGCGUCCGUUCACGCUGGGGCAGCUGAAGGAGCUGCUGGGCCGCACGGGGCGGCUCAAGGACGACGGAUUUUGGAUCGACCGCAUCAAAUCCCACUGCUUCGUCACGUACUGCUCGGUGGAGGAGGCGGUGGCCACGCGGGAGGCGCUGCACGGGGUCAAGUGGCCGCAGUCCAACCCCAAAGUUCUGGCGGCCGAUUUCGCCCAGCAGGAGGAGCUGGACUUCCACCGCGGCCUCCUGGCCCCGCCCCCCUCCGGCUCUGGCCCCGCCCCCUUCCCUCCCCACUCGCGCCCCUCCCCCCCUUUCCCCGCCGGCCCCGCCCCCUCCGGGGGCUCAGGGGGCGUGUCCCCGCCGUGCCCCGCCCCCCGGGGGGCGGAGCCGUGGCAGUGGGCGGAGCGGGAGCGGGAGCGGCACCGGCGGGAGCGGGAGCGGUCGCGGGAACAGCGGGAGUGGGACCGCGGGAAGAGCCCCGCCCCCCCCGGAACGGCCCCCGGGACACGCCCCCCGGGGGGCGGGGCCAGCCAGGGACACGCCCCCUCGGGCAGGGAGGGGCGGGGCCAGCGCGGGACACGCCCACAGGGGGAGAAGGAGAAGGGGCGGGGCCAGAGGGAGGCGCGGCCCGAGAGGAAAGAGAAGCCCCCGGAGGAGCCGCCGGCGAAGCUGCUGGACGAUUUGUUCCGCAAGACCAAAGCGGCGCCGUGCAUCUAUUGGCUGCCGCUGACCGACUCCCAGCUGCAGCAGAAGCAGGCGGAGCGCGCGGCGCGGGCGCGGGAGCGGGAGCGGCGCCGGAAGGAGCAGGAGGAGGAGGAGCUGCGCACGCGCCAGGGGGGCGGGGCCAAGGAGGGCGGGGCCAAGGAGGGCGGGGCUUCCUCGGGCCCCGCCCACCCGCGCACUUCCGGGGGCGGGGCCGGAACCAGGGCGCCCCCCGGUGGCUCCUCCCGGAAGCGCCGCAGCCGCAGCCGCAGCCCCCGGCGGCGCUAAAGGGACCGAAAUCCGCGGAAUUCGGCCCAAAAUCCGGGAAUAAAAACGGAAAAA